CAGUGUUGUCUAUGUUCUUGCGAGAUGCAAACAUCUCAGCUGAGCAGGUAAUACGAAAAUCCGUGCUCGAAUUUUUGUGUUUAUUGUCCCACUCCGUGAUUGAUUCGCCCAGCUUCAGUUAUCGGAUUUGUACAAACGAGACCGGGAAUACGCAUGAUUUCAAAAGUUGUCUUCGUCCUAUCAUCAUGCGGUAAUGUUUGUAAAAGGUGUGACGCUUCCGCAUGGCCUGCAAGCAGCAGCGGCAUUGCAGCGGCCGACAGCAGCACCAGCAACAUCGUGGCAUCAGCAACAGAAACGACCACAGACUCGCCCAAAGUCACCAUGGUGAAGACUUUCCAGGCCUACUUGCCACAAUGCCACCGCACCUACUCUUGCAUACACUGUCGGGCACACCUGGCCAAUCACGAUGAACUCAUUUCGAAGUCAUUCCAAGGUUCCCAAGGGCGAGCAUAUCUGUUCAAUUCUGUCGUUAACGUAGGAUGCGGUCCCGCAGAGGAAAGGGUGCUUUUAACGGGAUUACACGCCGUAGCUGACAUUUAUUGCGAAUGCUGUAAAACAACCUUAGGAUGGAAAUAUGAACAUGCCUUCGAGUCGAGUCAAAAAUACAAAGAGGGCAAGUUCAUAAUCGAAUUAGCACAUAUGAUUAAGGAAAAUGGAUGGGACUGACAAAACUAGAAGAGUUCGACGAUGACAGCGCCAUCAUCCGCAAUGUUCGCGAACCAUAAGCGAACCACGUCGUAUAGACUCGUAUUAAAUGCAAAUUUUUGCUUUCUCGAUUGGACUUAAACCGAAUUUGCGAUCUGACGUGAAACACGAUCGUAACGUGUGUUUCUGUCAGACAAAAAGUCCACGGUAAACCGAGUUCUACGAUUCGUAAGUAGAAAAAUGACACUCAGAAACGUGUGCGAAAGUGAAGUUCGGUCGUAACAGUUUGCGUUGUUUUUUAAUUAAUGGCAUCCCUAACACUUUUUCACAACAGUUUGUAGAAUUUCCAGACGAAGUGAUAGAGUUCACUUACUGGCGCGACAUCUUUGUUUUGCAAAAAUUCCGUCUGCAUUCAAAAAAGGCCUAAAGCGAUUUUUGGUACGAGCUUUAGGUACCAUUUCCCCGCAAACACCGACAAGGCCUAUUAAAUAACAAAUGGAUGUUGCCAAAAAGUAAUUGAACUGUAUUUUAAACCUAGUUCAAUGUUUCUAUGCAAUUUAACGGUAAAGUCGGGUUAGAUUUUAACGGAACUUAUUAUUAGUGUGCGCAAGGACUUCGGCGCGGAAUGACACGUCUUUCAAUUUUUUCCUCUUCAUGUACCUCUAACGUGUUUCACCGAUUGGGAGCAACUAGUUGGCAAUGUGUAAGAAAUAUAGAGAGUGUAUAGCCAAUUUUCUCUCGAAAUUCUUGUGCAAAGCGUAUCACAAAAAUUUCGACUUUCCUCAAUAUGCUCAAAGAUAUAGCCAUAUUAUUUAUUUAUUUAUUACCUAAACCAAGAAUGGUACCCAUGUGUACGGGUAAGGUCUAAAGUUGUUGUGAUGUAUGUCUAAAAUGGACGGCUAAAAAAUUCAUUCAAAAAAAAUAGUACUCAUCCUAUGUAUUGUUGAGGAUUUCUGUUGUCAUCUACACUCAGAUUUUGUAAUACGAACCACCUGUAUUUUUUCCUUAUCUUAUUCUUAUGAAAUGCCUCAUACGAGAAUAAUGGAAUAGAAUGAAGUGCUGUAUUGAUUAUACCAUUUUUUGACAAUGACAAUACUCCCACAAAUGUAAGUAUUUUAUGCAACAAAUAAAUUGCAAUAAAAAUAUUUACACAACUAUUUUAAAAGUAAGGCGUUUUUUGUCAUGAUCUAUUUUGUUUUCUAUGGUUCAGUGUAAAAAAAUACUUUUUUUAUAAGCAUUAGAAAAUUGAAGAAAAAACAAAAGGGGUUGGUGCAAUUUUUCAAUUCAAAUAUUUGGAAGGGAUUGACUGUUAUUUUGAGUGUUUUUUUUUUGCUGUUCAUUUCUAUAACAAUAUUAGUAGAGUAGAGAAUGAAAGGGGACGAAACUCCGAUUUUGAGCUCUUCACGAAGCACACUGUGGUAGAAGAAAUAUUUGUCUGUGUUAAUGUCUGUGGUAAAUACGAAGAUAAUGAGUGAUUUAUUAGAGAGCCCUUUAAUCUUUUUGGAAUUUUGGUAGAUGAAUACUGCUAUAUAUCACGUUUUCUUUUGCUAGUUUAGCUCGACAGCUCUCAACAUGCAAAAAAUUUGACACAAGGUACGUGACAGUACUCGGCAGUAUUUAUCGAAUUAUAGAUUGUUUUCUAGAUGUGAUUGGUUUUUCGAUAGAAAGGUGUAUUUAUGUAUAUCGAGUGUUAUUGCGAAGUUACGAGGGUAAAUUGUAAUGAGCCUAGAAUAAUAGCGGCCCGCAAAACAUAGAGAGAAGUAGAAAAAUACCAAAAUAAGGCUUUAUGGAUCCGUUUGGGAUAUCAACAGUUUUUUAUUUCUGUGCAAUGCUUAUUCGUUAAAAGAACAAGAAGCUAUAAAGGUUUACAUUUCCAAAAACAAAAAAUAAUCUAAAUUGAAUUAGAUAUUUAUGUGUUACUACAUCUACGCAACGAUUCAAUCGAAACCACAGAAUAACAUCAAAUAGAAGUGACAAGAGGAGAACGAAAUGUAAGAUUAUACUGAGAGAAAUUUUUGCGCGUUUAUUACAAUUAGUUACACUAAAGGCUUGAUACAAAACAUAUAGCGACGACAAUUUUAAAAUAAAAAGAAGUAGAGACGAAAGUUAAAGCAAGCUAUUACUAAAUUACCAAAUUACUAAAAAAACUCCACAAACUGCGCAAAAUUGCGUCUGUUGUUAUUCACGUAUUCACUUUUAUGCGCUUGACAACAUACAAAAAGUGACUCGACUUCAAAUGUGGCGUCCCUAAUUAAUAACCAAUGAGGAAAAGUGUCGCGCUACCCGAUUAAGAGGGGUUCAUGCCCCAGCACUCACAAACCACAUAUUAUAAAAUAUAGAAAAUAUAAAUAAAAAUUCUGACACAAAAAUUCUGCAUAAACGACACAAUGUACGAAAUUCGUUAGCUGAGUUGUGUUGUUAGUUGCGCAAAAGUAGUUAAGAAUUCUGGUUACGCAAAGUUUUAUAGCAAAUUUAAAUACUGACCAACAAAAAAUACUUAAUGCACAAAAAACAAUAUUUAUGCUGCAUUUUGUAGUUCAGUUGGUAGCAACUGCAAAAGAUUUCAGUCAUCAUCUCUCUAAAUGGUACCUGAACGAGUUAUCUUUACGAGUUAGAGAUUGACAGUUAUUCCAGAUUUCAUUCACACAAAAAUCUGUGGCUUCUGUGUGAUGUUAUUUACGUGAUCCCAUCAUUGUAAGUUAAAUAUAGGUGCGUUCAUCAAUAUAUGUAACGCCUAGCUCUAACAACGGGUGAUAACAUUGGCAAAUUAAUCUAACCAAUGUAAAUCUGCUGCCGGAUUUAACUUACAGCGCUAAAACAUUGAGAAUCGUUUGUUUUAAAGCUAUCCGUUUUUUUUUUUGUUGAAAGAUGUGUUCAGUUGAACAUGCCACGCGAAGUGAGACAUUACUCCGAACAUAGCUGUUAGAUUAUAUUUUUCACCUUCCUUUUUCCGCAAGUGAAUCGGUUAUAAUUUGCGAAAUUGUUCGUGAAUAUUUAGUUUUUUUAAUGGAAAUGAUCUCGCCUUAAGUUUUUUAUUGUUUUACACGUAUUUCCUUUAGAUUUAGUUAUCGGAAUGAAUUUAAAACUUUGCCUCUGUUCUUAUUCCUAAAUCGGAAUAGUCAAUAAAGAUUUAACUUCAUUCGAUCUUUUCAGCAUGUCUAUUUAAAAUAUAUGUAUUUAUUAUAAUAUUUCGGAUAUGCUGUGUAAUCGCAUAUUUACAUAUUUUUGUAUCAACGUAACUUGUAAUAAUCAGUAUAGCUAAUGUAAGUUUCCAUACAAACAGCGUUUUAAUGUUUUUUAGAUGAUUGCUAUAUACUUUUUCACCAUGUUUUGAAUGGCGUGUUCAAGAUCAGCAUUGAAACCUCGCCAAACUACCUAAAAUUAGGCAGUUUAACGAUGGUCGAUUUGAGUGAAGUUUUAAUUGGUUUCCUUUAAUUAAAUCUUUUAAUUUUUAUUCACUUAUUUGAAUUUAUUUCUUGUGAUAGUCUUUUGUGAUAUAUAAUUUUUUUUAUAUAAAUUGCAUGUAUGGAAGCUUUUUGUUUGCCUACUCCUAUUUACUUCUAUGAAGUUUUUGGCUUCUUUUGGGACGCAAUCAUGUGAAUGAGAAUGACUCGAAUUAAAAAAGCUUGUGGUUUUAAUAUGUGCGAUUUUUACCUUUCAAUCGGAUUUUCAGUUCAUAAUUGUAUCUUUUAAGUUUUUAAAUCUAUGUACGAUCGCGCGAUUCAGAAUCACGUUUUUUCAUAAUCAUACUGCCAGUAGAUUUGUAGAUGGUGUCAUAAUCAUUACAUAAUUUAUGAUAAUAUUAUAGGUAUUUUGUAUUGUCUCUUAAAUUGGUUUAGUUCGUAAUCAGUAACCAUUUGUAACGGACUUUGUUUUACGAGUAAAACCUAUGGUUUUUGUAUCUAUAUUGGAGGUUUACAUAAUAAACGUAAAUAACCGUUUUUUGUUUUUUUU